CUCGAUUCGUCCUCUUCUUCCCUACUCUCUCUCUCGCUGUCUCUCUUGUCUCUUUGUCGCUCUCUGUUCCUGGCUAUAAGAGGCCUCUUCUCUUACUCCAACCACAUAGUAAUCCCCAUUCUCUUUCUCCACACAGUUAUCACUUGCUUUUCCAAGUUCUCUCUCUUUUUGGUCCAUUUCAUAAACAUAAUCCAUUGGAAAGUGGGUAUAGCGAUAUGGCUCUGAAUCUGCACUCGCCGACGGAAAUCAAGGCUAUCUCCUUCUUGGAGACCUCUAAAUCCAACCACAACCUCCUCAAGCUUCAAGGUGGAUUAGCUUUGAAGAGGAAGGCCAAUGGAGUGGUAUAUGGGAAAAGAAUACAUUGCUCAGUACAGGGUCCUCCCCCGGCCUGGCCAGGGCGGGCUGUUGUUGAGCCUGAUCGUAAGACUUGGGACGGUCCAAAGCCUAUAUCAAUUGUUGGAUCCACUGGCUCUAUUGGAACUCAGACAUUGGACAUAGUUGCGGAGAAUCCAGACAAGUUCAGAGUCGUGGCACUUGCGGCUGGUUCAAAUGUCACUCUUCUUGCUGAUCAGGUCAAGACCUUUAAACCUCAAUUAGUUGCUGUCAGAAAUGAGUCAUUAGUUGAUGAACUCAAAGAGGCUUUGGUGGAUGCUGAACACAAGCCUGAAAUUAUUCCUGGAGAGCAGGGCGUCAUUGAGGUUGCCCGCCACCCGGAUGCCGUCACUGUAGUAACAGGAAUAGUUGGUUGUGCAGGAUUAAAGCCUACAGUGGCUGCCAUAGAAGCGGGGAAAGACAUAGCCUUGGCCAAUAAAGAGACCUUAAUUGCUGGCGGUCCUUUUGUCCUUCCUCUUGCUAACAAGCAUAAAGUGAAAAUUCUUCCUGCCGAUUCAGAACAUUCUGCUAUAUUCCAGUGUAUUCAAGGUUUGCCAGAGGGUGCACUUAGGCGCAUUAUUUUAACUGCAUCUGGCGGAGCUUUUAGGGAUUGGCCGGUUGAUAAACUGAAAGAAGUUAAAGUAGCUGAUGCCUUGAAGCAUCCUAACUGGAAUAUGGGGAAAAAGAUUACGGUGGACUCUGCUACCCUUUUCAAUAAGGGUCUAGAAGUUAUUGAAGCUCACUAUCUUUAUGGGUCUGAAUAUGAUGAUAUUGAGAUUGUUAUUCACCCCCAGUCCAUCAUACACUCAAUGGUUGAGACACAGGAUUCAUCUGUCCUUGCACAGUUGGGAUGGCCUGAUAUGCGUCUACCAAUCCUCUACACAUUAUCCUGGCCAGACAGAAUUUACUGCUCUGAGAUUACUUGGCCCCGCCUUGAUCUGUGCAAGCUUGGUUCUUUGACAUUUAAAGCUCCUGACAAUGUGAAAUACCCAUCCAUGGAUUUGGCUUAUGCUGCUGGGCGAGCUGGAGGCACCAUGACUGGAGUUCUUAGUGCAGCUAACGAGAAAGCUGUUGAACUGUUUAUCGAUGAAAAGAUCAACUACCUGGACAUUUUUAAGGUCGUGGAGCUAACAUGUGAUAAGCAUGAGGCAGAGCUGGUGUCCUCGCCUUCGCUUGAGGAAAUCAUACAUUAUGACUUGUGGGCACGGCGAUAUGCUGCCAGUUUCCAACCCUCAGCUGGUUUGAGUCCGGUUCUUGUAUGACUACUCCACAUUCGAGUCGAAAAUGUUGGUUACAGAAUUGUUGUAUGCAUCCCCCAAAUGGACAUCUUUGUUGAGGUAUGCCAAGCAGGAAGCCAAAUUGUGUAGCAUUGUUGAAGAUGAAUAAGUCUCUGUAUUCCAUCUAUAGGUUUUAAAUCAAUGUAUUCAGUUCUUUCUUCAGCAUGUGUAGUGAAGAACUCAUCUCCAAAUAUAUGAGGGAUGGUCAUAUUAAAUAUUGAAAUAUCCGUAAUUGAUUGGAUCAUUUAAGCUUUAAGAGUUUG